AUGUAUUUCCCUCUCUUCCAGAUGCUGUCCCAGAAGAGGUGUUAGGUAAACAAGAGGACAGUAGAGAACCUGACUCACUCCUAAUGUAAGUUCUCGCACCAGGAUGGAAGGAGAAUCUUACCACAACGCAACUACUGCCAACGGCACCCCGGUGAACCACCGGCCUCUGGGACACCAUGGCUUGUGGGAAGUCGUCACCAUUGCCGCUGUGACUGCUGUGGUCAGCCUGAUCACCACCGUGGGCAACGUCUUAGUCAUGAUCUCCUUCAAAGUCAACAGCCAGCUGAAGACGGUCAACAACUACUACCUGCUCAGCCUGGCCUGCGCAGACCUCAUCAUCGGGGUCUUCUCCAUGAACCUCUACACCACCUACAUCCUCAUGGGGCGCUGGGCUCUCGGGAGUCUGGCCUGUGACCUUUGGCUUGCCCUGGACUACGUGGCCAGCAACGCCUCCGUCAUGAACCUUCUGGUGAUCAGUUUCGACCGUUACUUUUCUAUCACAAGACCCCUGACGUAUCGGGCCAAGCGUACCCCUAAGAGGGCCGGCAUCAUGAUUGGCUUGGCCUGGCUGAUCUCCUUCAUCCUCUGGGCCCCAGCCAUCCUCUGCUGGCAGUACUUGGUGGGGGAGCGAACGGUGCCCCCAGAUGAGUGCCAGAUCCAGUUCCUCUCCGAGCCCACCAUCACCUUCGGCACCGCCAUUGCUGCCUUCUACAUCCCUGUUUCCGUCAUGACCAUCCUCUACUGUCGGAUCUAUCGGGAAACAGAGAAGCGGACCAAGGACCUUGCUGACCUCCAGGGCUCUGACUCUGUAGCUGAAACUGAGACGAGAAAGCCAGCUCACAAGGCUCUGCUCAGCUGCUUUGGCUGCCCGCGGCCCACGCUGGCCCAGAGGGAGCGGAGCCAGGCCUCCUGGUCAUCCUCCCGCAGGAGCACCCCCAGGAAGCUGGCCCAGGCCUCCGGCCCAAACACUGAGUGGGACAAAGCCGAGCAGCUCACCACCUGCAGCAGCUGCCCCUCCUCGGAGGAUGAGGACAAGCCCAGUGCCGACCCUGUUUUCCAGGUGGCCUACAAGAGCCAGGCCAAGGACGGCCCACAGGAAGACUUCGGGACUGAAGAGACCAAGGAAACUUUUGUGAAAGGUCAAGCUGACAAAAAUGACUGUGACACCCCAAAAUACUUCCUGUCUCCAGCGGCUGCUCAUAGAUCCAAGAGUCAGAAAUGUGUGGCCUACAAGUUCCGCUUGGUGGUGAAAGCCGAUGGGACCCAAGAGGCCAACAACGGCUGUCGCAAGGUGAAAAUCAUGCCCUGCUCCUCCCCGGUGUCCAAGGACCCUUCCACGAAAGGCCUGGACCCCAACCUCAGCCACCAGAUAACCAAGCGGAAGAGAAUGGUCCUCGUCAAAGAGAGGAAAGCGGCCCAGACCUUGAGUGCCAUCCUGCUGGCCUUCAUCAUCACGUGGACCCCUUACAACAUCAUGGUCCUGGUUUCCACCUUCUGCGACAAGUGCGUCCCCGUCACCCUGUGGCACCUGGGCUACUGGCUGUGCUAUGUCAACAGCACGGUCAACCCCAUUUGCUAUGCCCUCUGCAACAGAACCUUCCGGAAGACCUUUAAGAUGCUGCUUCUCUGCCGGUGGAAAAAGAAAAAAGUGGAAGAAAAAUUGUUCUGGCAGGGAAACAGCAAGCUCCCCUGAAAAGUUAACAACUCCCCUCAAGAGAAUGACCAUCAUCCACUUCCUGAUUCCGGUUGGCUGGUGUUCAAAAAAGACAUCUGUCAUUUUGAGUCCCUGAGAACUCUGUAAAGGCUUGGGAUCUGCUGCCCAUAGAAAGGAGGCACAGCUGCCACAGCUGCUGCCCCACUGAAUUAUUCCCGUCUGUGACUAAGGUCGCCUGAUGUCGCAGGAGUUUGCCAUUGAAGUGAACGGGCUCGUGGCCUCACAGGCGGGAGUCAAUGCUGGGUCACGGUGGAGUGACUGAGGGGACUUUUGUCUAACCUUCUGUGGGGAACAGCAGGGACCAGUUAGAAAUGUGUCCCCUGUGCAAACAUGUCAUAGACUUCUGUGCAGUCUGUAUGUGUCUAUGACGUUGUCUUGUGUCAGUGAGAACCAGGGGAAUGUAAGUGUUACCUGUUAACAAGAGUGGUAUUCAACUGGCUUCUAAGACUUUCUUUAUAAAGCGAUCAGUAUUUAUUCACAAAGUAUUUAUUAUACAGCUAUUAUGUGUUCUGCGCUGUGGUAUGUUUUCCUGUCCCUACACCUGAGCAAAGCUCUUGCUAUUCCCUUUUACAACUGAUGCCAAUUCCUGGUAUCCACUGAAAUCGAGCUGGCCCCCAUCCUUCCUUUCAGAAUCCUGUGCCUGGAAGGACCUGAAGCUUGGUCACACCCAAUCCUAGAGAGGGGACUCUAUUCUGCUAAUAAAUAUGUUCCAGUCUCCACAGUCACUUAUUGUAGGUUUACCAGUGGGGAUUUCCCCUUUUUUCCUUAAAUAUUGUGCAUUCUAUUUUAUACCCAUUUAAGCCCAUUUUAUUCAUGUUCCGUUCUUAGGAAGACUAGUUGUUAACACAGUGCUUCACUGAUUAAAGAUCUUCUCUGGGCGAUUCCUCUGGAUUCUCUUAAACUGUUUUCAGCCGUCUUGAUUUCUAAUCUCUUUGCAAGGCCAACCUGAAGCAAAUUGUAGAAAACAAAUUUGGUCUCACCCUAUGCCUUUGAACUUAUUCCUUGGUCAUUUAGCAGACCCCCAAUUUCCCUCAUUUAACACAGACCCCAGUUCACUCCCAGGCACAAGCAGGUCACUGUGGAGCCUCCAGCCUCCCUUCACUGUGGAGGGACAGCAAGGGAAGGGUUUUAUUACUUUCUCAAAUAGGUUCUGGAAUCAGGGUUCAGACUUACUUAUUCAUUCCACUCCAAAUUCAUGGUCAAAGAUGAGAAGUCUAGAAAAGUACAGUUGAGUCUGGUGAAGCUGGCUACGGCCAAUAAAAAUAUAUCAGUUAUAUCAACAUAAUAUACAUUAGAGUAUCAGGAUUAUUAAAGCCAAAUUUAAUUGAAAUCUGUGAACAUAAACAAACUGAAUCUAAGUUGUUUCUUUGAUAAUUUUGAAAACAAACCAAUGUGCAAGAAAUUGAAACUAUAAACUAGUGCAUAUAAUUAAAGGUCCACAAAGAAAGCAGCAGGGCAGUUCUGAGGAGAGAUUUAAAGAUGAGCCGGCGGGUCUCCUUAUUUAACCUGUUGGCUGUAUCUGCCGUGUUUAAAAAUCUCCGGACGUCAUUUCACAGAAUAUAGGCCAGUUCUUUCUCAACCUCCUUUGCUAAGGAGAUGUAAAAAUAGCUAGCUUAGCUGUCCUGGGAACUGGGCAUGUACUUGGGCAAAGGAGAGCUGCACCAGACACCUGAAGGGCAAACCUGCCUCUCACUAAGUCCCAAGAACGCUCCGGGGCAGCAGAAGCCCAGGGCGCCCCUCCAGCCCUGUAGGGACCAAUGCUGAGGUGUAACAUCUUGGAAGCAAUGUAGCUGCUGAGCCUUUGUGAGGGCAGGUUGACACCUGCCAAGAAUUUGCUAGAGAAUCUUAAUUGGCUCAGUUCUCCAGCAGAGACGGCCUAUGUGAUGCUAAUAGGGUGUAACUUCAUGAGCAAACCUGCUCCACCAGAUCUAGGUAAACAGUUGGGGUUUUUUUAGGUUAAGGCUUUGGGUUCCCGAGAAAAAUGAAAAUCCCUCCAGGAGAGGAAUAGCACUUUAAGCCCAUGUUGGGCAUUCACUGUUCAGAGAGAGAUAAGAGAAACAAGCCAGUUCAAACAAAAGAUUGCAGAACUUGAAGUGGGGAUGGGUGGCGGAGUUGAAGGUACACUUUCACACUCCACAGCAAUCUGAGACCUUUUGUUCAUCAUAUGUGAAAUUAAUGGAGAGGCCUAUGCUUCCUUAUUAUUGGCUUUUUAAAAAAGUAUUGGGAUGACAUUGGUCAGCAUGAACAUAUAGAUUUCAGGUGCAGACUUCUAUGUUAUAACAUCUGUUUAUUACCCACCACCCAAGGUCAAACCUUCUCCUGUCACCAUAUAUUAAGUCCCCUUUCUCCCAUCAUUGGCUUUUGCAGACUUCCUAUGCCCUUUGACAUUGACCAAAAUAAAUAAAUAAAUGCCCACACUACUAGGGGGCACAAGCAUUGGGCCUCUGGUAGGUCCUCAGAAUGAAGGCCCAACGGGGAACGGUAGGAACCUGCGGGGUGGGUAGGGUGUGCUAACUUCAAAUCUGUGACCUGCUAUGGACUCUGACUCCCAGAUUCUUCUAUGGUAAACUAUGUAGAGCUUUGUUUGACUACUUACAUACUGGAUGCUGUUAUGUUGCUAACAUCGUGUUUCUCGUUGGCUGUGACCUUGAUGGCUUGUGAAGUAAUCUCUUUUCAGUACAAAUUUUGGUUAAAGCAUUUUGUCAAUAUUCCUGCCUCUGCUUUGCUCCUUUGGUGAAUGUCCUUUGAGGGAGUUGCUGCUGUUUCACUCUUUGUAAUUGUGAAAUCUGCACCUAAUCUCUGGAUUGGAAUAUCCAGUUGUCUAUUAUAAAUACUGGAAUUAUAGCAAAGGAUGUGGGGACUGGGCUGCUUUUUUGUAUUGUACAAGCAUCGUUCUGGAAAUUAAAGAAAUUUAAC